UAUCAACUUGUUUGUCAUGGAAAUGUCUUGGAAUCAAACAUUCUUUUCCCCUUUCUCCAUCGCCUUCUGCAUCGUUUCUCCGCGUACGCAGGUACCAAGUGAAGCAUGGCAUCUCGUAUAGGUGGCGGUGAAGGAGAAGUUUUCGAAGUCACGCAGCAGGACCUGGAAUUGUUUACGGAUAAUUUUAGUCAGAACAAUCACAUUGCCAAGGCCCAGUACUGCGAACUGUAUCAUGGAAGGAUUCCUCAAGGUUGGAAAGGGUUUGAAGCCCGUGAUGUUACGGUUAAGGUGUGGGUAAAAGCUGCUGAAAUGAGUCAUAAGUAUCGGGUGGAAGCUUUGUAUCAAGAUCUUCUUGAGAAUUUUAAUUACGAGAUUACUUUUCUGAAGCAUCAUAAUUCAACCACUUCCAACUUGCCAGUGUUGAUGGCAUUUUGUCGGGUUGAUGAAAAGGAGAUGCUGGGCGUUAUUUAUGAUCUUAAGUCCAUGAAUACACUUCGCGACUUUGUUGAUAAAGGAGAGUUUAAAUGGCUUGACAGAAUCCAAGUAGCUGUUCGACUUGCUCGUCUUCUGGAACUUUUGCAUGGUUAUCAGCCUAGAUAUUUGGUCCGUGAUCUUUCAGCAGCCCACAUCAUGCUUGACCAGGAUUUGAACCCUGUCUUGUUCAAUUUUUUCAUGCUGACUGGUGGAGUUAUUGGUGAGAAGAAGGAUGACACGCCGUUUCAACAGAAUCGUACACUUUUUGGAUCUUAUGGCUACAUUGAUUUUGCUUAUGUUAUGACAGGUGUUUGGUGUGAAGCAACAGAUAUUUUUGCUCUGGGAGUCAUUCUUUUGGAGCUCCUGUUCAAACUUACUGUUGAUCAUCACAUAGAUGAAAAGACGGGGGCAUUUAUAUACCUUCACCUUGAUGCUGUUAAUCUCUACCCAUUGAAGAAAUCAAGAUUUUCCUUGAAGGAAAGAAAAUGCUCCUUUGCUGACAAAAGUUUCGAGGAAGAACCUGAAUUCAAUCUUCGUGAUGGGCAGAAAAUCUCAAAGUUGGCUAGGCUUUGUGUGGAUAGAGAUUUGAGAAUCCGUCCGUCCACGAAAAACGUUGUGGGGAAGCUGCAGGAGCUUCAAAAAGUGAAGUUCAAAAAGUGAUGACAAAUGUUAACCCAAAUCCCUUCCUCAAGUUUUGUAUAUGGUAUUUCGUUUGUUGUAACCGCUAUAGUUGAGACUGCAUUAAAUAGAAGCUUCGGAUUUAAUUCCCUCUUAUUCUC